CAGCGGCUGUCAGGCUGCAGUAGACAGAAGCGGUCUUGUGUUUGUGCAGUUAAAGACAAACCCUCCUCAUCCUGACAGUGAGAAUUUACCCUGAAGCUCAGUGAGCAAUGCCAGUGUGGGUAAAGUUUGUGUUAAUUUUAGGAGCUUGGACAGGUGCCCAGUCCCAGAUGCAGCUGGUGGAGUCCGGGGGGGCUGUUAGAAAUGAAGGGGAGUCCAUCCGGCUCUCCUGUAAAGGCUCCGGUUUCACCUUCAGCAGCUACACAAUGUUCUGGUAUCGGCAGAGUCCCGGGAAAAGCCCGGAGUUUGUCUCACGUAUUUACGACGAUGGGUCUAGUCCGUAUUACGCGUCUUGGGUCCAAGGGCGAUUCACCAUCUCCAGAGACAACGCCAAGAGCGAGCUGUACCUGGAAAUGAGCCGCCUGAGACGGGAAGACACCGCCCGGUAUCACUGCGCUGCUAGAGACGCACAGUGCGGGGAAUAUGAGAAACUGAUUUUCGGGAAAGGCACCAAAGUGACCGUGGAACCAAAAAAUCCAGAGCAUUCCCCUCCAUCUGUCUUUGUUGUGAAAUCGGAAAAGCCAAAACCAAGCGAUGGCAACAAGUUGACAGCGGCUUGUUUAGUUAAGGAUUUCUACCCCAAGAAUGUACAAGUAAGCAUGAGUCAAGAGAAAGACCUUGUCUACAAAUCGAAAGAAGGAAUUCUCUCUUCGAAUGGGAAAUACAGCAUGAUCCAGGUGGUCAAGGUAGAACCCAAUGAAGAAGUGGACUGCUAUGUUACACAUGAGGGAAAAACCUAUAAUCAAACAAAGGCUCAAUCAGCUCCCACCCCGGCCCCAAUCAAUAACACUCAAGUGUGUGAAUCUUCAAAUUCCACGGUCGAAGAGCCAAACAUGGAAAAAGUGAACAUGCUGUCAGUGACUGUGCUGGGCCUGCGAGUUCUGCUUGCCAAAAGCAUCGCCUUUAACAUGCUCAUGACGGUCAAGUUGUUCAUUUUCUGAGGUUGUGACGAGUGAACCAGCAACGGGCAGAAAACAGGAGACAAGGACCAGUGCCAGUGACUUCAGUUGGGACAGAUUCACAACUGGUGUAAAUCAGUAUUACGCUAUUGAAGUGAGUUGGAACGAAUCCCCAACUGGUGUAAAUGGACUGUAGCACCUUUGGAGUCAGUGGGCCACAUCCCAACUGCUGUCAAUCGGCGACUUCAAUAUGUCUAGACCAAUUAUCACCUUCUCCGGAUUUGUCCCCAGAUCUUCUUUUCCAUGUUUUAUAUUAUCCAGUUUUUUCUGUUCCCCUUUCCUUUCAUUGCUAGUUAGUUGUGACUCUUAACUGUCUUAUCACAAGACAGCAAGUACUUGUAUUCUUCUUCAGUCUUCUGUUUAAUAGGACUAUUUAGCCAGAAGUUUCCCUACCAAGGUAUUACACUUAGGCUUCCAAAUCCCUUAGGCAGCUUUGCAAAAUCUCAGUUUGAAUUUCUCACUAUAUAAAAUUACUGUUUUAUUGCUUAGAAAAUCCAUUCAUAGCUGAAGCAUUUUAUCAUUUUAGUGUAGAAAAUUUAUGCCUGGUCUGUCACUGGUAUAAAUUGGUACAACUCCAUUGACUUCAACAGAGCUAUGCUGAUAUAUACCAGCUGAGGACUUGGUGACAUAUAUACUCACAUUAUUUUUAAUAGCUAGUAAUUCCACCUUGGAGAUCUGUGCAUUUAUAUGGAACUGAUGGUUGUAGCUUGCUGUGCUUACUACUGAAAUAAUAAAGGUGAUUGUGCAAAAGGAAAGAA